AUGAACAAGUGCCUCACGCUCCUCCUACUGGUCGCGCUCACCCUCCUCGCGGGCAGCAACGCUGUUUCGACCGACUUCCAGCUGGCCAAGGUGGCCCCUGCGACCGUGAACAACGCCGUCCACGCGGAUAUUGGCGACAAGCGAUCGCUACGAGGCCUUGAGUCGACCCGGGUUGAUGCUGACGAGGAGCGAGGCAUGACGGAGCUUUCAGCCAAGUUCAAGACGUGGAUCGCGAGCCUCAAGACGUGGAUCUCCAACUCCAAGCUCGUGCAGAUGGCGACCAAGCAGACGCAAACACUGAACCAGAAGCGCCGCGUCGCCAAGGUCUCCAGCCUCAUCAAGAAGGGCUCGUCGGACACCGUGCUGUACCAGAACAAGGUCACGCCGGACGAGUACUUACUGGCCAAGGGCCUGAACCCGAAGCUCAAGUUCUGGGGCGACUUGCCGGAGGUGUGGGCUAGGAACGACGGUUUGCGUCAGUGGUUUACGUACGCCAAGUUCUUUGAGGAGAUGCAGAGGAAGGCCGCUUAG